AUGGCAUCCUCCUGUGCGCAUGUCGUGUGUAGAAGGCAGGGCAUGUUUUUUAAAAGACUGGGCAUUUUGCAGGGGAAACCAAUUUCAGUCAGGAAUUUUAGUGACUCACAUUCUGCCAAUAACAUCAAAGAUUUGAUCGGUCAUGAAGGAAAUGUUGGAAAGGACGUGGAAGCAAAGGCAUGGAUCAGAGGGUUGCGACAGCACAAAGGAGUUAAAUUUUUAGACGUAAAUGAUGGUUCCUGUGCCCAGGAUCUCCAGGUGGUGGUCAAACCGCAAACUGUCCAGAAUAAUAGUGAAUUUACAUUUGGAAGCGGCAUAGAGGUCAAAGGUCAAAUUGUGAAGAGUCAGUCUAAAGGUCAACCAAUAGAACUGCUUGCAUCUUCAAUUCAUGUAACAGGUUCCUGUGAUUCAGAGGCGUAUCCCUUCAAGGCAAAAGUAAGGCAUCCCUUGGAGUAUACGAGACAGUACCCUCAUCUGAGGUCAAGGACACCUGUCAACGGCGCCCUCACAAGGGUACGGAGUGCUGCGACACUUGCCGUUCACAAUUUCUUCCAAGACGAGGGAUUCAUCAAUGUCCAUACUCCGGUGCUGACCUCGAGUGACUGCGAAGGUGGAGGGAAUAUCUUCCGAGUCCAGCCUUCAGAUGAUGUAAAGGAAUAUAGUGAUGAUUUCUUUGGAACUCCUGUAUACCUUCAAGUGUCUGGACAACUUCAGCUGGAAACAAUAGCAUGUUCUCAUACAAAGGCCUACACGUUUGGUCCAACGUUCCGGGCAGAGAACUCAAGGACAAGACGUCACUUAGCAGAAUUCUAUAUGGUUGAAGGAGAGCUUGCUUUUACUAAAUCAUUACAAGAUAUCACUAAGGUCAUGGAAGACUUUGUGAAAUCAAUUGCCAAUAACGUCUACACAAAGAGCGCAGAGGAUGUCCAAUUUAUUGGGGACAGAAUCAAUGAAGGAACAAAACAUGCAGAAGAAGUACAAACUGCAUUGCAGAAACCAUUUACAACACUCUCGUAUACAGAAGCCAUCUCAGUAUUAGACAGACAUAAAGAUCAAUUUGAAUACACACCUUCAUGGGGCAUUGACCUGCAGUCAGAACACGAGGCCUUCUUGGUUCGUCACUGUGGGAACAUCCCUGUCUUUGUAGUGGACUACCCGCAGGAAAUCAAACCAUUCUAUGCUAGGCUGAAUAGCGAUGACAAAACGGCAGCGGCUGUAGAUCUGUUGGUUCCGAGAGUAGGCGAGUUGAUCGGUGGUAGCUUGAGAGAGGAACGUCUUGAUGAACUCCAGCAUAGAAUAAAGCACCUGGGACUACAGGAUUCUGAUUACCAAUGGUAUCUGGAUUUAAGACGCUUUGGAACAGUUCCCCACGGUGGCUUUGGACUUGGGUUUGAGCGCCUGCUGCAGUACUUACUUGGUGUGGACCAUAUACGAGAUGUCAUUCCCUUCCCACGAUUCCCUGGCUCCUGCCCUCUCUGAUGGUAGCUCCACGCAGCUGUCAAACUUCGAUAUGGGGAAGUCUUCCGAUCGUGGUGUAAUGGUGCUGAUUUUACCCGACUGCUAAGAAAGGAUGAUGAACGUCUGCUAGCAACCAGAGGACAGAUGACUUUGCAUCCUUGCAGAGGGACUUAGACAUGAGGAUCAAGGAAACCAGGAAGGGGAGGUGUUUCACAAAUAUUUAAGUGUGACUUAAUUGUUAGGUGCGCAGACAUGCCCCCCCCCUUCAUACAAAUAUUGUGGAAAUUCAAAGGUCUUUGCCUUCAGACUACUAAAGGCUUUGAAGAAGUUAGUGCAAUAUUAUACAAAUAAUGCCCGGCUCAGAGUGCGUUGGGUCAGCAUGCGAUAACCUAUUGUCUGGAAACCAUACAUUUAUGUCAAUGGGUCUUCAUCAUCAUUGCCCCAUUGUGGCCUUGGAUUAUCACAGUUUUAAGGAUAAAUGAAAAAGAAAUAAUUUUACAUUUCAAAGUCGGAAAGGCAACAGUCCUCUGAUAAUGCAUUGCGUUAUGCAGGCAAAAUUAUCUAAUUAACAUGGGAUAUUUCUGUCAUAUUAAUCAAAUUAAAUCUACCAAGAGUCAUCUAUUUGUAUUAUCCAAUAUGGGACUUAAUGCGCAUUUGCUACUCAUGAACCAUUUUUAUUAUGUUUUAUGUUGACUUUUGUGUAGUUUUAAGGAGCAGGUCCAAGCUAUUAACUCUGUGCUUACAGUUAACAGUAUCUGAAUUAUCAAUUGUUUUAUUAGUAGAUGCAAACUCUAUAAGGCAUGGUUACUAGGAGUCAAAACAAUGACUUGAGCAUUGGGUUCGAAAUGAUUUGCAAGUAUUGUGAGGCUUAGAAUUAUGAUCAUUUAGAAAUUGGGGUGAGUAUUUUAGUCCAGGAUAGAAGGGGUCGAACCUUGUUUUUUUAUAUAUACAAUGUUUUUUUAUGGUUUCUUGUCAAUUCGAGGGUGCUGAUUCCGAAUCUGAAUGAUGCCACUCGUGUAACCUUGAGCAUUUUCUGCAAAUUGGCAAAAUCCAAUAUGGCCGCCAAAAUAUUCAAAUUACCCAUGAAAAUCAUAAAAUUGUCCACACAUUGGCUUUAAAGUACAUGCAAUUGUGCUGCCGGAGUGAAAUAAUAUCUUAAAAAAUGAUUUUUGUCAAAAUAUUCAUUUUCUUGAUAUCAAAAUGGCCGCCACCAUAGACCCCUGUACAAUAUGAAUGGGGAAAAUUAAUUUUUACAAAAUUGAGCACUGAAAUGCAAGUAAUUAUGAUCUAUGCAGAGCUGCCAAAUAGUACGAUUUUGUCGUAUUCCGUACGAUUUUUCACUUGAAAUACGACACUAGGAUUUUUAUAGAUAAAAUACGAUUUUUUGAAAAUAUAGCUAUGGCAAGGCUCGACAUUACAGAAAUACACCUCGGGCAAUCAUUAAUGAAAAAUGUUAAGUUUUGGUGGCCCGAAUCGGGCAACCAAUAAUUUUCAAAGUAGCGCAAUUUUUCCUCCGACUUUUCACGCAUUUAUCAACUUUAUACAGUUCAAAUUGCAACCAAUUCAUCAUGCGCCCUUUUUGUUGAUCUACACACAAAUACACACACACAUGACAGUACAUAGCCUUACCGCUAUAGCAUACAGUAGCUAUUAUCCUGCCGGCCGGCUGGCGUGAGCUUUGCAUGAAACCACAGCAGCUACAUGUAGCUAUCUGUGCGCUAGCAGCUUAUUCAGAUUCGGGGAGCUACGAUACGAAAUGUUGCUGCUAAGAAAUCUUCCACAGAACUUUGAAAAUCUAUGUCAAAGUCACAUUUUACACCAAUGAAAUGCCCUUCUACAGUCCAGAUUACUCAAAUCUGGUGUAAACUGAUUAUCUGCAAGCAUUAAAAACAGGAAUUAUGACCUCUCUUUUGACUCAAAAAGACCGAUUUCCAAAUGUGUUAAUACACAUAAAAACACAGGUGAGUACAUCACAGUCCCACAUGUGCAUUUGUAUGUAUGUUGAUACUUGGUUUCUUUCGAAGCUGCGUCUUUUCUAGCAAAAAAUAAGCAGACAGUUUCUUUCUUUUUUGUUUAUAAAUGACUUCUUAAAUCACUCUUCAUAAAGAAAAUACUUUGGGAAGGCAUUUCAUUGAUAUGAAAUGUGAAUUUUUCAAACAUUUUGGC